GCGAUCAAUCUGAAUUCACAGAUAAAAACUCUAAUGACGCUAGUUUUAAUGAAGAGAAUCCAAUUCCUGUAGUUUUAGUCGAAGGGUUUAUGGGCCCAAGCAAACCUUCUUAUUGGGACAAGAAUGAGAAGAAACAAUAUCCCAAGACUAGACGUUGCAUUUUCGUUACACCUGGUUGUGGAAGUUCUUUACACGACAGAGCUGUUGAGAUUUUUUAUCAAAUUAAAGGUGGAAGAGUCGAUUAUGGAAAAGAUCACGCUCUAAAAUAUGGCCAUUCACGUUACGGUCGGGAAUGUCCUGGAUUAUAUCCUGAAUGGAGCGUUUCUAAGCCACUCCAUUUUCUUGGACAUUCAUUUGGUGGUGUGACUAUUUGGAAACUUCAACAAUUACUCGCAAGUGAUCUUUUCCCAGCAUAUCAUGAACCUCAUCCUGACAUGGUUCGAUCUCUUACAGCUAUCUCAUCUCCAUUCAAAGGAAGUCAUGCUGUUUGCAUAGUAGGUAGAUGCACUGAAGAUGUAAGAUCGAUCCGUCCAAUUAGUUUUGGAGCCUUAAUUGGUAGAAUGAUUCAUAUUCAUGAAUAUUUUGAUAUAAAAUGGAUAAAAAAAUUGACAUAUGAUUUCAAUUGCGAUCAAUGGAAUUUAAGUUUUAAAAAAAAUUUCCAAUCAAUGUGGGAUGAAUAUUUUGGAGACAAAUAUAUUUCAGGUGACUCUGAGUGCCAAAACUCGGAGAAAGAAAAAACAUAUGGUCUGUUACAAUUUUUAUUCAAAAGCCCUUGGAUGUAUUGCGAAGAUAACGCGACUUAUGACUUGACAAUCCAUGCAAUGAAUGAUUUAAAUAAUAAAUGUCGUACCUUUGAAAAUACAUUUUAUAGAACUUAUGCCGCAUCUAUC